AUGGUUGGUAAGACUCACAAAUGUGGGCAACCAAACUGUUUGUUCCCUGUGGAAGAGGGGAUGCAGUGUGACGAAUGCCAUAAGUGGUUCCACAAAAUGUGCACCCGCUUAAGUCCCACCGCAUACAAAAGAUGCUCGAAGCCUAACUCACAUUGGCUUUGCAUGUUUUGCUGUGCCAACAAGGCAUUACUAAUACAGGAGGCUAUGAGCCUGUUGGCUUUGGCCUGUAAAAAGAAGGAUGUCAUAUGCGCCGACAACACGGGCACUGACAGCGACGAAUGUGUCAGUGUAGUACCUGCUGUUACGCGACGCCUCAAACAACCGACUCUGACUGGCGUAAAAGUGGAAUCUUCGUUGACAUUAACAGGGGGAGUAGUACCACCUGGUACUGACAUUGUUAAUAAUGCACCUUUAAUGGGAACCGAAGAUCUGGAUAAAACAGUCACCGUUCCAAAUAGUCCCAGUGUUAUGAGGGAUGAAAAAUGGAAUACGGUACGUAGGAAACGAACCGAAAAGAAAAAAGCUGUAAGCAGUACACAGGUAGUUAGUAACUCCCUGGUGGACCCAAAUUGUGAGCCACAAAUUGCACUACCAAAAUCUGAAGGUAAGAGUGAAACCCAUCCUGGCGUGACUGAGAAGAAAAAUCUAAUAACAUCGAAUAUUAUUGUGAGCAAAUUGCGGGAGUCAAACGACCCUGAUCCGAAAAUUAGACACGCGCAUGGCUUAGAAAAGCUAGGAGAAUACAUUCGUAGUAUUUUACCAGAUAACUCCAAAGGAGUUCAGGUCAAAAAAUUGGUAAGAAUAGGCAAGAGGACCGAGGACAAUGUUGAACCCCGUCCAUGCAGACUCCUUAAGGUAAUCCUAGGAUCGGAGAAGCAACGGGAUCUCUUGUUAAGUAGCGCUCGUUGUCACGACAAUUCUGACAUCCGAGUUAGACCUGACAUGUCUCUCGAAGAUAGAAUAAAAAGGAAGAAAGCACUAGCUGAACUUGAAACCCGUCGGCAAAACGGCGAGGAAAAUCUCCGGUUAGUGGGUUUUCGGAUAGUCAGGUCUUGGAAGCGAAUGCUACCAAGGCCUGUGUGGAUAGGCUGUUCUACUUAG